UAUGUCUGAACACAUUGAUGUGAAGGACAUUAAAUGUGAAAAGGUAGAUGAAAGCUUUAACAGUAAUUUUGAUACAGCACAUGCGUCUCUGCCUGCUGAGAAAAAUAUUAAAUGUGAAGAGUUUGAUGAAAGCUUUUACAGUAGCUAUGAUGUGACACAACAUAUGGUUGUUGAUGAGAAAAAUUAUGAGUGCGAAGAAAAUGAUGAGAGUUAUUGCAAUGAGAGCCAACUAGAUUAUCAUGUGGUUGUUGAUGAGAAAAAUUUUAAGUGUGAUGAAUGUGAUAAAAGUUAUUACACAAAGAAACAUUUGAAGGAGCACAUGGUUGUGCACACUGGUGAGAAAAAUUUCAAGUGUGAAGAAUGUGAUAAAAGAUAUUACAGGAAAGGUGAACUGAAGAAGCAUAUGGUUGUACACACUGGUGAGAAGAAAUUCAAAUGUGAAGAGUGUGAUAAAAGUUAUUACACAAAGAAACAUCUGAAAGAACAUAUUGUUGUACACACUGGUGAGAAAAAUUUUAAGUGUAAAGAGUGCAGUAAAAGUUAUUACAAAAAGAAACAUCUGAGGAGGCAUAUGAUUAUGCACACUGAUGAGAAAAAAUUUAAGUGUGGGGAAUGUGAUAAGAGUUAUUACACAAAGAAACAUCUGAAGGAUCAUAUGGUAGUACACACUGAUGUGAAAAAUUUUAAAUGUGAUGAUUGUGACAAAAGUUUUUACUUAAAAAGUAGUCUGAAGAAACAUAUGGUUGUACACACUGAUGAGAAAAAUUUUAAGUGUGAAAAGUGUGAUAAAAUUUUCUACUUAAAAAGCCACCUCAGGGAACAUAUGGUUGUACACACUGGUGAGAAGAAUUUUAAGUGUGACGAGUGUGAUAAAAGUUAUUCCUUAAAGAGUCAUUUGAAGAGACAUAUGGUUGUACACACUGGUGAGAAAAACUUUAAGUGUGAAGAGUGUAGUAGAAGUUUUUACUUGAAGUAUCAUCUUAAGAUGCAUGUGGUGGUGCACAGUGGUGAGAAGAACUUCAUGUGUGAAGAGUGUGGCAAGAGUUACACAACGAAGGGUAAUCUGAAGGAGCACAUGAUUGUACACACAGGUGAGAAAAAAUUUAAGUGUGAACAAUGUGAUAAAAGUUUUAACAGAAAUAAUGAUUUGAAGCUACAUAUGAUUUUACACACUGGUGAGAAAAAAUUUAAUUGUGAAGAGUGUGAUAAAAGCUUUUACAGAAAUAAUGAUUUGCAGCAUCAUAUGGUUGUUCACUUUGGUGACAAAAAUUUUAAGUGUGAAGAGUGUGGGAGAAGUUACUAUGCAAAGGGUCACUUGAAAGAUCAUAUGAUUGUGCACACUGGUGAAAAAAACUUUAAGUGUGAUGAGUGUGGUAAGAGUUAUUACACCAAAAAAGAGCUGAAGAGGCAUAUAGUUGUGCACACUGGGGAGAGAAAUUUUAAGUGUGAAGAGUGUGGUAAGAGUUAUUACAGAAAGAGUACACUGAAGCAGCAUAUGGUAGUGCACACUGGUGAGAAAAAUUUUAAGUGUGAAGAGUGUGGGAAGAGUUUUUCCUUAAAAAGUUACUUGAGUAGGCAUACGCUUAUGCACUCACUUUAGAAAAAUUGACAAAUACGAAUUUUGUGACACCUGUACAAGGAAAUCCUCUUGUGGCUGUGAGGUCUUACGACCAUCAAAUUUGGGUCAACAUAUUGCACAUCCAUGUUGUCUUUUAUCAACCUACCUUCUACAAGAACCAAGGCCAAGAUUGCUGAUGAGUCAAAGUUUAUAUUCUUGUCUAAAUUAUCCACUGGUUUUGAAAUUCUGGAACUGAAUCAGAAUAUUUAUACUGUCACACCAGAACUUCUCUUCCAGAACAGCUUGAAAUUCAUCCAAAAUUGGUGAAGUUAAAAGAGAUUGAACCUUUUGUUGUCCAGCCUAGAUAACUAAAAGAGUCUGGGCAGAAAAAUUUCUCGGACAGUUCAUGAUAUAUACUGUAAUGAAAAAAUUGAUCGAUGACUUUCACUAGUCAGAAAAUUCUUAAUUAACUUCAUUUCCCCACAUUAAAUGUACUGUACAGUAUUCCAAAUUAAUUACAAUCUUUAGGGUAUUGUACUGAUAGAUAUUAUAAAAAGUACUUGUGAAGUUAGUCUAAUAGGCCCAUUAGGGGCAGUAACAAUAUAGGAGCCUUCAGUAAACAGAGUGCCUGGUGCUGCUCUCAACAACCUUUACGUCCUUGUCUGUAAGUUACAUAUUGUAGCCAUUCACAGGUGGGCGGACUUGUCGGACAGUACAGUACCAUGUCACAAACCUACAACCCCGAGGACAGGAGCCAUGUACUGUAAUGUAUGUCAUUGUCAGCCCUACUCCUGAUAUAUGUUAAAACUAGAGUAUCUAUAUAAUGAAUAAUAUGAUAUUUUGUUAUAUAUUACUACUUGUAUAUCAAGUCGGUUUUUUGCCCCUUUAAAAUUUGAGUAAGGUAAAAAAAAAUAAGGUAAUAUUGUUCUCAUAGUAAAUAUUUUCCAUAUCACAUUUAAAUUGAAGGAUUUAUUGUAAGAUGUUCAACCUUUAUGUUAUAUUUUUAUAAUUAUGUUUACAUUGAAAUUCCAUGCUACUGUAGCACUGGGUCCAGGACGAAAACUCAGGCUACGAUUGCAAAUUUAUUUAUGUGGCGAGGAGAACCGUGCUCAAGCGCAGAGCAAGACUGAGCAACUGUUCCGAGGCCACCCACAAGUAUAUACACCGGCUGUCUGAACGAAGCUUAAGUCUCGAACCAAGUUCAGCCACGUCAGCCAGCCGACUCGACAACAGUUACAACAAAACAAUUAGUUUACAAUUUCAUGAGCAUAUACAAAAAUGUAUUUAGGCAUCUGUUCAAUUACAUUUACUUUAAUCUAUAAUUAUAAAAGAUGAUUGUGUAAUAACUAUGGAUAACAGUUUAAAUACAAGUAGAGAAUACAAUAAAUGAAAAGUGGUGUCAUAUCUCAAGGUAUAUAGAGAACAAUGAGUAGUUAUUCUUGAGUCCCUACACCACCUUUGGCAUAUUAUAAUUACAUCUGGAUAAAAUAAACCACCAGAGAAUAUUUUUAGGGUUUAUCAUUUGUAUUAAAAUAUAUAAAAGUACCUACUCUAAUUUUGUUUUACUCU